AUGUCGUGGGCCGGCUUCAAGAAGAACGUCAACCGGGCGACGACCCAGGUAAUGAUGAAGACGGGCCACGUGGAGCGAACCUCGGACCGGGACUACGAGGUGGAGGAGCGUCGGUACCGAACGAUGGAGGCGGCAGCGAACCGGCUACAGAAGGAGGCCAAGGGCUAUCUCGAUAGUCUGCGAGCAAUGACAGCAUCUCAGAUGCGGAUAGCAGAGACGAUUGACGCGUUCUACGGAGACGCCGGCACUCGAGAUGGCGUAUCACGAUCCUACAAGCAAGCUGUCGAAGAUCUGGAUGCGGAGACGAUCAAGGCCCUCGAUGGACCUUACAGAACGACGGUUCUCGAGCCAAUUUCUCGAUUUUGUGCCUACUUUCCCGACAUUAACGAGUGCAUCAAAAAGCGCAACAAUAAGCUCCUCGACUAUGAUGCCGUUCGUUCGAGAGUCAAAAAACUCGUCGAAAAACCCGACAAGGAUGUUACCAAACUGCCCCGCACCGAGCGAGAAGCUGAGGUCGCGAAGCAAGCUUACGAACAGCUCAACGAGCAACUUUUCACCGAACUACCGCAACUCAUUGACCUACGCGUUCCUUACCUGGAUCCAUCAUUCGAAGCACUCGUUAAGAUCCAACUUCGAUUCUGUGCAGAAGCCUAUUCGCGUAUGGCGCAGGUACAACAGUAUUUGGAUGCUGACACCAGAGAUCAGUACGCGCGCGGAGACUUGGAUAACCGAGUUGAACAGGUCCUAAGCGAAAUCCGUGAAUUGACCAUUGCCGGCACUGUUUGA